AAUCUUGAGCAAAGGAAACGCAUCCGCUGCACCGUCCACACAAUACCUUUUGCCCCGAAAUAUUUCUUCAGAAUGCGCGUUUUUGUGAUGAUGUGCUUUCUGGCCCUGGCGAGGGGGCAGUACGACUACACCCCAGUCUCGCAAGCCGGGGACGGACACGGAGGCCUGAUUGGAGCUCCCAUCUCCGGAUCAGCCCAGCUGUCGGAGCCGAUUGUGCCGGCCAACGAGUUCACCAAGGAGUUCUACACGUACAGCGCUCCGGAGCAGGAGUUCGACAACUCCCGCUCCGACGACCAGAUUGCCGGCCUGCUGAAGAAGAACCUCCGCGUCCUGUUCAUCAAGGGACCCGAGAACAAGGGCCUGGAGCAGGCGGCGCUCCAGCUGGCCACCUCCGCGUCCGACGACCGCACCGCCAUCUACGUCCUCAACAAGCAGGCCGACAUCGGCGAGCUGGCCAGCAAGCUCAACCAGGUCAAGCAGCAGGUCAGCCACAAGCCCGAGGUGCACUUCGUGAAGUAUCGCACCCAGAGCGACGCGGAGAACGCCCAGCGGACGAUCCAGGCCCAGUACGACCUGCUCCCAGGUGCCUCCAGCAAUCACAACGCCGGAUCCACGGGCCCGGUUCUGGACUUCGCCUCCAAGGCAUCUCUGGACGGGUCAGCGGCAGGCAUCGAUCUAGGUGCACCAUCGACCAGCUCCUACUUACCACCUCCGCACAGGAGGUUUUAGACAUAAGAGUACAGUAGAUGAGUAGCUUCAGUAACUAAGUAAUAAGUAAUAAAAAUCGAUCUAGAUAUAAAAA